AAACACGAAACGGAAACACCAAACGGCGAUAGAUUUCUCUAAGAAGCGGACAUAUCUUGAAACACAUGGCAGCAAUUUCUCCAUGGUUUUCUUCUCCGCAGAGCUUUUCGAAUCCCCGCGUUUCGACUCGUUAUAUUACUACAGAAGAUGUACACCAAUUCCUGCUGUCAUCUCUGCUCUCAAACGUUCCGACGAGGAAGAACAUCAAAUUUCUUGUUCUAGAGAUCAUGUUUCGAUGAAGAGAAGGGGAGUCAUGUUACAGAUAGCUUCCUCUGCUUUCUUCCUUCCAUUGACCAUUUCACCUGCAUUUGCGGUUGCAGAGACAAAUGCGUCAGAAACUUUCCGUGUGUACACAGAUGAAGCAAACAAAUUCGAGAUAUCAAUUCCGCAAGACUGGCAAAUCGGGCAAGCAGAACCCAACGGAUUCAAGUCGAUCACAGCAUUUUACCCUGAAGAAACUUCAACUUACAAUGUGAGCGUAGCGAUCACUGGACUAGGUCCGGAUUUCACUCGGAUGGAAUCUUUUGGAAAGGUCGAAGCUUUCGCCGAGACACUGGUCAGUGGAUUGGAUAGAAGCUGGCAGAAACCAGCAGGAGUGACUGCAAAGCUAGUCGAUAGCAGAUCUUCUAAGGGGUUCUAUUACAUCGAGUACACCUUACAAAACCCUGGAGAAGCUCGUAAGCAUUUGUACUCUGCAAUUGGAAUGGCUACAAACGGUUGGUACAACCGUUUAUACACUGUCACAGGGCAGUGUACAGAUGGAGAAUCCGCUGAACAAAGCUCCAAGAUCCAGAAGGCAGUCAAGUCUUUCAAAUUCAUA